CACUCAAUCGUCGCCUCUCAAUUCUGCAAAUGGCAUAGAACAACGAUUUCGACUCUUCAAUAUUUGUAAGCUAGCAACUGAUCGUAGCCCGUUAUUAUCAUUCAUGUUCUAUACUGGAGCCAUCACAUAUCAACCAAACCCAUCACCCGCAUCGUUACAACACAAUUUUCGAAUACCAAAUCGUAUUGCUGAGAGGGAGUUUAUCACAGAAGCGCUUAAGAUUUAUGACUGGAAAAAGGAGGAUUUAACACCUGUAUGGAAUUGUUUGCAGAUUUUGGAGGCAGAAUAUAACAUUAAACCUCUUUGCCGAUUUAUAGAAAAAACUUUACUAAAGCCAUUAAAGGACAAUAGUGUUAAGCAUUCAAAUGAAGAAACAUUGAAACAAACUUUUAUGGAUACUUUAAUUCUUACUUUUCACGCGAAUAUUGAGCCAGAAUUUCAGGUGUUUUCUCAAAGCUCGAAUUUUAGUGGAAAAGCAAUUGAUCUAGUGAAGACAAGUUCUGAAAAAAUGAUAGCAAUCGAAUUUGAUAAUAUCAAGAUAGAGAAUAUUAAAUUGGACGGAGCUUGA